AGAAGACAGUGUUUUAGUCUUGGCCUGCACAGAUUACCUGGAGAAGAACAGCACAAUAAUUCUCUUCAAGGUCUAAAGACAAAGCCCAAACCAGCUGGUGACGACAGUUCCUGUCUCACCUCUUUGAUGGAAGAGGACUAUGACCCAGAAGUGAACUCUUCACUGUAGAACAAGAAGCUCUUGUGGAUUAUUUGUGUCCAUUUAAAAGCAGCACCCAGUCUACAAAAAAUAGAGUAGAAGAGAUUAUUUUUGGACCUGGCUUUUUUUGUUCAUGUGACCUAUGUUUCAGCAUGUAAAUGGUGAAAAACAGGGAGAACAUUUGUGCCUGCUUCUGAGCUUUAUAUCAAGUACUGCUUAGCUCUGUGGAGCAUUAGCCAAGUUACGUGGAGACUAGAGUAUAUCCUAACAUUCAUUUUUUAAAAUAUUUUACCUUUUUUUAGCAGAUGUAUGUGAUAAAAAUGAAAUUUAUAUUUUAAGAGCACUUGGGCAGAUGCUUCUUGUUUAGAUCUCAGCAUUUAGGGCAAACAUUUUUAUGUAACAUCAUUUUUCCAGAGUGUUUAGGUUGAUCUGCUGCAGAUCAUGAACUGUCCAGCAGCCUUGAGUGUAUCUGUUCAGUAUUAACCAUGAUGUUGCUCUGAAUGUUGUCAUGCAGACUUGACAAACCUUUUUGUAAUGUAAAGGCUGAUUUCUGUACUACCACAGCCAGAGGAAAUUUAAUGAGGUGAACGUGGGCGUGGCCUUUUAAAAUAUAAAUUACCUUCUUAGGUAUCUUUUUUUUGUAGUGAGAGUGCAAAGAGAGGGUAAAAUGAGCAGCUGAGGGGGUGAAGGGCACAGUUGGCACGAAGUGCGGCCUCUCGUGCUCUGCUUCGAGACGCACUAUUGCCUCAAGGCUGGCCUUCCAGAAUUCUGGAGAAGGAAGGAACCCGGAGGUCACUGAAGCACACAAACUGAGGACAUUGGACUGCAGAGGCCAAACUCAGGAGCCUGGCCAUGAGGUUUGAUGCCUCAUUUUAUUGAAGGGAGACACUGGACCUAAAUGGCGCAGCAUGACUUUGUUCCUGCCUGGCUUAACUUCUCAACACCACAGUCAACCAAGUCCCCUGCAGCCACCUUUGAGAAACAUGGAGAGCAUCUUCCACGGGGAGAGGGCCGCUUUGGCGUGAGCCGCAGGAGACACAACUCUUCCGAUGGAUUUUUCAAUAAUGGGCCCCUCCGAACUGCAGGAGACUGCUGGCAUCAGCCGUCCCUUCUCCGCCAUGAUUCUGUAGAUUCUGGUGUUUCUAAAGGAGCUCAUGUUGGGCUUUCUGGCAGUCAGCCUGGCUGGCAUGGUCCCUCACGGGGCCAUGAUGGUGUGAAUCAGCGUGGAGGAGGAGGAACUGGAGUUCAUCGCCACUGGAAUGGCAACUUCCAUUCUCGGAAAAGUUCCGCCUUUCAAGAAAAGCUGCCUGUUGAAUCCAGGGAAGAGAAGAAGGAAGAUAAAGAGCAUUUGCAGUUUGAGGAGGAGGACUUUCCAUCUUUGAAUCCAGAAGGUGGAAGACAAAACAACCAGAACAAACCUUUAGGGACACCUUCUGGAGUAUGGGAAAACCCCCCUAGUGCCAAGCAACCUACCAAGAUGCUGGUCAUCAAAAAGGUUUCAAAAGAGGAUCCUUCCGCCGCCUUCUCAGCUGCAUUUACAUCACCUGUUUCUCACCUGGCAAAUGGCAACAAAGCCACCACCAUUGUCCCAAGUGUCUACAAAAAUCUGGUUCCUAAACCUGCAGCUCCUCCUUCCAAGCCAAGCCCAUGGAAAGCCAACAGAAGUGAACAUAAACCAGGCUCGCUGUCCUCCACCCGUGAUUCUGCCUUUACCAGUCCAGUGUCUGUAACCAAACCAGCGGUACUGGCAAGUGGCUCAGUCCUCACCUCUCCCAAAGAGAGUCCUUCCAGCACCACCCCUCCCAUCGAGAUCUGCUCCUCGCGCCUGACAAAGCUGAUGCGCCGGACCACUGAUAAAAAGAGUGAAUUCCUGAAGGCACUGAAGGAUGAUAGAAAUGGGGAGAUAACAGAAAACAGGGAAUGUGACAAGCUGGAUGAUAUGGAGAGCAACAGCACACCAGAACCAAAGGAAAACUGGGAAGAGAACUGCCAUCAGAAUGGCCUUUCUCUCCCUUUGCCAGAGGAGGGGGAAAACCUCUCCCAUUCAUUGGAAGCAGAACACAGGUUAUUGAAAGAAAUGGGAUGGCAGGAAUAUCCUGAAAAUGAUGAAAACUACCUUCCCCUCACGGAGGAUGAGCUCAAAGAGUUCCAGAUUAAAUCAGAGCAGCGAAGAAGAAAUGGAUUUGGGAAGAAUGGAUUUCUUCAGGGCCGUGGCUCCAGCCUGUUGUUCCACUGGGGAAGCACUUUUAAGACAAAGAUUGAGGACUCAGACACGGAAACAAGUAGCAGCGAAACGUCAGAUGACGAUGCCUGAAACUGGGCACAAUAAAAUUAAAAUAAAUAAAACCAACCCAAUAAACUCAGUUCAUAGUUCAA